UUGAACCGCACGGUCGUGCCUUUCGGUUUUUCUUGUACCACAUUUUUUCACGUACUUUUGUGUAUUCACUCACUUCAGUGCAAAUAAGAAUUCUGAGGGAAACUCAAUAAUAUCCUGUGUCAAGUGCAUAGUGCUAUAAAGUGAAACCCAGACUUAUGUAACUCGGAAUUUUAUUAAAGAUAUCAGACACCAUGAUUGCCGCAUAGAAAAUCAAGAUGGACGACAAAAUCCAUCCUGGAGGAGACAUGGAGGCCUACAACUGCUAUGACACCAACAGGAUACCAACUCUACAAGAAGUCAAACACACUGAAGAAAAAACAAAAACAAUUAGAGAAAAAUCCAAAAUGGCAUUGGAUAUAGACAGAUUUUGCCUUAAUAAGAAACCUAAAUAUAUCCUAUAUGAUAAUUUUAGUUACAGAGAUGAUAUUUCUAGAAGAACAAUGAUAAAGAAGGAGAAAAGUUACUACAACUACUGUUUUGUUAGUGUGAUCAUUAGUUUUGUAUUUGGCUUCUUCAUAGGAGUUGUUUUGAUGAGCACAUCGCAAUCAACGCAUAGUUUUGUACCUAGGAAAUUAGUAAAAAUUAAUAACACGAGAGAAGUGACUACAAGGAAUUUAAAUUCAUUGAAAAAUGAUAAGACUGAUAAUGAUAUUGAAGUUGAUUUGAAACUGAAUGAAGACAAAUUCACAUCUGUCUCAUUUACGGGAACAGAAACACAUAAAUAUAGGAAAGACAUCUAUCCGAAAGGACUGACUGAAGACAUGAAAGAUAUACUGAAAGAUAACAAAAUAGUCAAACACACUAAACAUUCUAUUGUUGAUGUGCUAAACAAAACUGAUUAUGUCCCUAGUGACCAUACAGUGCUCUACAAAAACGUCUAUUGGGGCCCUGAAGUCGAGGAUUUCAUGCCUCAAGGGUAUGGAGAAAAUACCGCAGAUGUAUGGGAGAGAUACGUUAACCAGAGUGAAGUCGUCAAAAUGGAGCCUGGAUGUGGAAGAAUGCAGAAUAGAUUAAUAACCUUCAAAGAUGGCAUUCAAGCUUGCGUUCGAUACCGACAGAACACAGACCAAAUCCAAGGAGAAAUCUUCAGCUUUUAUGUUGGAAAACUACUCAAUUUGACAAACUUAGCGCCGUCGGUAGUCAAAGUGGUCGAUUUAAAGGACAAAUUAUGGAGGAAUGUUGCUACUGAAGUCGGUACAGCUCAAUGGAACACGAACAGAGCUGUAGUACUCACACAAUACAUACCGAGUUUAGAGUCGGCUACAAUACCAGAAAUAUUCAAGCCUUCUAAUAGGCAUUUGAAUAAGAAUGACGUGCUCACUAUGGCAUUGAAAGAAAACGACACCGCUGACGCUUCAAAGCAAAUUUUAAUAGAAAAACUUAAAAUUAAAGAUCUCAAACCGACUAAAAAUGCAGUUGAAAACUUCGACCAUAUAGACAUGGCGUUGAAUAGAAAAACAAAAGAAUUAUUCGUUGAACUAGCUCAGUGGUCGGAUUUGAUAAUAUUUGACUACCUCACAGCUAAUUUAGAUAGAAUAGUUAACAAUUUAUUCAAUUACCAAUGGAAUAUUAACAUAAUGGAUGGUCCAGCGCAUAAUUUAGCUCGAAAAAUGGACAGUGGUCUGCUUCUAUUUCUGGACAACGAAUCGGGACUGCUUCACGGUUACAGACUAUUGAAAAAGUAUAAUGUUUACCACAGUUUAAUGUUGGACAAUUUGUGUGUGUUUAGGAAGAAAACUGUUGACGCCUUGAAGAAUUUGUACGAACAAUCCAUUGGUGCAAAACUCAGCAAUAUGUUUCAUGACAAAAAUAAUGCUAUUAUUAGAGAUAUUUUGCCACCUUUACCGGAAAAGAAUGCCAAAAUACUACACGAACGAAUAGGAAAGGUUUUAAGUCAAGUCGAAAAGUGCGAACAGACUUUUAGAUGAUUUUAAAAUUGAAUAUUAGACGUUUUAUAAAAAGACUUAUUUAAAAUUUUCGCUGUAACAUUUUCACUCCUUGUGAUAUUGUUAAAAGAGUUUUGAUACCAAAUGUUUUAUUAUUUAUUGUAUAAAAUAUUUAGUUAUUUAAUAAUGUGCCAGUGUAUUAUUUGAAGUGAUAUUUAAAAUGUUAAUUUGUUGUAAUUAUUAUUGUAAAUUAUCUUACUACCUACUUUCAUGUUAAUUUGGCCCUUUUAACAAAUUCCAAUUUUAUAAAUAACAGUUCUGUAUGUAAUAAUAUGGCCUGAAAUAUCUUUUGUUAACAUGUCUCAAGUGAAUCCAAGAAAAAAUCGAUUGCUUUCGAUCGUCAGGACAUCUAGUCUCUACUGCAGGAGCACGACCCUCUAAUUUACCAGAGGCAAAUGGAGGAUUUGUCCUACACUCCCCACGCUGGCCAGACGGGUUGGGGAGGCCUGAUGCUCGCAUUUUUAUAUCAGUAGCUUAGUGGACAGAGUAGUCCAGCAAAAAGGUUAGGGGUUCAGUUCCCAGCAGAGACGUCGAUUUUUUCUUGUCGAAUA